AUGGCUGACAAUCAAAGCUUCUCUAUCCAGGGGUACAACCUUGUCACGCUUUUGAAGCGUCUAGAAGCGGCAACCUCCCGGCUGGAGGACGUUACAGUUUACCAGGAGAACCACGUUUUGGGCAGUUCUGCUGCGAAGGACAUCAAGCCAGAGAGUCCAUUGCAUCCAGCUGCCACUGCUCCUGCGGCAAUUGCACCGGGAGCAGGAGCAGGAGCAGGAGCGUCCCCGGCAGCUGCAGCGCCAGCAGCCGAUGCUGAGGUUGCAAAAUCCAUCAAGGAGUUUGAUGCCUUCAUUGAAGAGAAAGUUUUGCCUUACGUGGAGGCGUCGAAGAAGAUUGAUCCGGUUCUGGGAGAGCAGGCGGAGACCUUUGAGAAGGCUGUCCAGAAGGAGCGGUCUGUUUUGAAUGCGGCCAGCAAGUCGAAGAAGAUUGCGGUCGACGACGCCAAGUUCCAGAAACUGGUGAUCGCCCCAGUGAACGAGCUGAUCAUGAAGGUGAUCCAGAUCAAGGAUGACAACAGACAGAGCAAAAACUUCAACUUCCUCAACGCCGUGGCGGAGGGUGUUGCUGUUUUGGGCUGGAUCGUCACCACGACUCCGGUGUCGUACAUCCCGGACUUCAAGGACUCUGCGCAGUUCUGGACGAACCGAAUCUUGAAGGACAACAAGGGCAAGGAGAGCGAGAAGGUGAGCUCGGAAUGGGUGAAGAGCUUCUUGAGCAUCUUCGACGCGUUGAAGACCUACGUCAAGGAGUACCAGACUACGGGCAUUGCGUGGGGAGGGUCUGGGGACUUCGAAAAGGCACUGGAUGGGUCGACUGCUGCCACCGCCGUCCCUGCCCCGGCGCCUGCUGCCGCAGCCGGCGGCCCCCCUCCUCCUCCUCCUCCGCCGCCUCCGCCCGCCGACCUGUUUGACGACGUUCUCAACGCCAAGCCCGCCGCCAAGACCGGCAGCGAGGGCGGCAUGAACGCGGUCUUCGCCGAGUUGAACAAGGGCGAGAGCAUCACCAGCGGGUUGAAGAAGGUCGAGAAGUCCGAGAUGACCCACAAGAACCCAGACCUUAGAAAGAAACACGUACCAUUACCGCCGAAAAAGCCCAGAAACUUGAGCGUCAGAGACGACAAGGACACCAAGACCCCUGCCGCCGCCAAGAAGCCGCCGCAGAACGAGCUGGUGGACAACAAGUGGAUGAUCACCAACGUCGCCAAGACCGACGUCGACAAUGGCCUCAUCACAAUCGACGGCUCCAUGGACCAGAGCGUCUACAUCGGCAACUGCCACGGCGUCGUGGUCCAGAUCAAGGGCAAGGUCAACGCCAUCAGCAUCAACGUCAGCGACAAGGUGGGCUUGGUCAUCGACAAGGCCAUCUCCAGCGUCGAGCUCACCAAGUGCAACAAAUGCGAGGUCCAGGUCAUCGACAGCGUCCCUAUCAUCAACGUCGACCAGAGCGAGAGCACCAACAUCUACUUGAGUCGGUCUUCGCUUGCAACAGAGGUCUACAGCAGCUGCAGCACUGCCUUGAACGUCAACAUCCCCUCCAGGGACGAGGACGGAGACCUGCAAGAGGUGUCCAUCAGUGAGCAGUUUGUUACCCGGUUCUCCCCCGACGGCUCCCACCUCACUACCCCCGUCUCCCACGCAUAG